GAUAUUUUAAUCAUGUUGAUUCAGAUUGUAUGCCGCUUGGCAGGUCUUUAUCCAUUCGACCCUUGCUAUGUAAAAAAUUCAUUUAAAAAAUGAAAACUCAUUAAAAAGAGACCAGGCAGAAGAGCCUCGGAGGACCGCUGGUGGUGCAACCUUUUCCCAGCCCUGCAAUGCUCUGCAACUGGCUUUGGAAGCUCGUUGUCUCGGUUUUUGUGAACUCUGGCUUAAAUCUUUUUUGGCCUUGCAUUGUUUGAGAAGCAUCCUUCCCGGCUUAGUGUCCUUGGAGUAUAUUUUGUGGCAUUUCCUGGAAUUUUGGGUGUGGACGAGACGGGAAAAGGAAGCGCUUUGGGUGCCAUUUGGAGACGGUUGUUGUUGCUGAGCGCCUUUUGAGUCGUUUCCAACUUUUGGCGACUCUUAAGGCGUCCCUAGCUGGGUUUCCUUGGCAAGGUCCUUCAGGGGGGCUUUGCUAUUGAGGCUGAGAGAGUGUGACUCCCCCAAGGAAGGGUUUCCACGGCUGAAACCAAGGUCCCCAGAGUCAAUGGUCCAAGACUGCAACCCUUGCGCCACGCUGCCUCUUGCCAAUAGACUUGCUUCCUGCUUCCUGACCGAGUUCCUUUGCAAAGAGCCUGCGUCAUUCUUGCAAGUUCCUGAUUGUGCCGUGAGGCUUUUGAGUUUGCAAGCUCUGAGGGUAAGAGGGUUCAAAGUCCAUCCGAGACGGAAGCGCUGCCGGUCAGGAGGAAAACCCACCUGGGAUUGGGACCGCAGCCUCUUCUGGAUAGACAAAAUGGCUGCUCCUCCAUCUGCCCCGGAUUUUCCGUCCGCUCCGCCACCUUCGUACGAAGAGACGACCGGCGCUAACAACUCGGCCCAGUAUCCCCUCCCUGGUUCUGGGGCCGGUCCAGCCAUGAAAGGGGCGCAACCUCCUCCGUACCCAGUGGGGCCUCCUCAUCCCGUCCAGACCGUUUACAUCCAGAACCCGCUGGUCUUCCACGACCGCCCCGUCCAGAUGUGCUGCCCGUCCUGCCGCAGAGUCAUCGUGACGCACGUUACGCACAACGCGGGCGCACUGACAUGGCUCUCCUGUGGAGGACUCUGCCUUCUGGGGUGCUGGUUUGGCUGCUGCCUGAUCCCCUUCUGUGUGGACGCCCUCCUCGACGUGGACCACCAUUGCCCCAGCUGCAAUGCGCUCCUCGGCUGCUACAAGCGCCUCUGAGGACGCUCCGGACGCACGCCUUGGCGCCGCCGGCCGGAGCCUCUCUCUGGACUUCUUGGGAAUCCAUUCACACUGUGCCUUUCCUUUUUUAACGCCUUCUUGGGAGCUGUGUGCCUGUGUCUCUGUGUUCAAGAAGAAUAGACUUUUGGAGAAAUCUGUAAUUAUUUCCGACCCUCUCUCUGUCUCUCAAUCUCAGUUUUAAUGUACGCCCAAAAGUCCGUCCAUCUAAACUGGAUGCCUUGCAUGGCAGAGCAAAGAAGGGACGACCAUUUUCUUUCUUUGCAAACUUCUGGAGGCUUUGCAAUGCAAAAAGUCAAAUGCAUCUCAGUCUCCAUUUCUUUCUUUCCAAACCGCUGGAGGUUUUGCAAUGCUAAAACCUCCCAAGUCCUUCCAUACCAGUUAAGGCCAUUUUUUACAGCCAGGAGAGAUUCUUGGUUUUCCUAUUCUCUUUUCUCAUAUUCUCUCUUCUAAGAAGUCAACAUCCUUGCUAAAAUUCCCGAUCCCUGUCCCCAAUUCUAUUUUCCGUCCCAAUUGCUUUCUUGCACAAGAAAUGCACCUUAGCGCUUCUGUAAUAAUUGUGAAUAAAUCAGGAGAUGAGGGUUUGAAAAGAAGGAGAAAGUAAUAAUUCUGCUGUUCUUAUCUUCAGGCUGAGUCUAGCAUAGAGGAUCGAUCACUGGAGAAAUUGGGGAUAUUGUGGGGAGGGAUAUUGUGAAGAAGGGAAAUGUCUGGAAAUUGCUUCCUGAUGAAUCGCGGAAGUGUUUCAGUCCAGGGCUGCAAUCCCUUUCCAUGCAAAAUGGUGUUGAAUUGGCAAUCCAGAUCAUUGAUCCUGCAAUUAUUGAAGGUUGGAUCUUCUCUCACUCCAGUGACCAAGGAAUCUGGCUUCUUGUUCAUAUAAUUCUUAGGGGGGAAAGACAUCUAUUUUGUAGCCGGCACCAAAUGAAUUCAUGGCCAAGAACCCUCUUGAAUGCCAGAUCUUUUGCAGGUUUUGCAGUGCCAAAGUCAAAUGCAUCUUGGUCUCCGCUUCCUUUCUUUUGCAAUGCCAAAAUCGCCAAGCCCUUCCACAUUAGCUAAGGCCAUUUUUACAGCCAAAUCCCUGCUGGGCUGUUUGCGCCAGUUCCUAGAGAGAAGCUCCAAGGUCCAGGGAGGAAAAGAGGCUGCAAAGCAGUGUAUAUGUUCUGUACAUUUUUGGGGGUGGGAUGCUGCACUCCAGCAAUGCUUCUGAGCCACGUUUUUGGAGAAAAGGGACCAAGUGCAGGAAAGAUGUGGGCUCCUGGAUUGUCUUCCCUUAUACAGACAGGAUACAAGCCAAAAUAUAUAGUAAUGUGUGCCUUUGGAUGACUAUAUAUAUUAUAUAUAUAUGAUCCUUUAAAUAAAACUGCACCUUGUAAGAUGUUGUCAUCGUUGCUGAUGCUGGUUUUCCAUUUCUGAAUUGGACCUGUGGCUCCGUGGUUUCGAGGCUUGCACUCAGAGGUGUGAGUCUUCUAGCUGACUUUUACACUUGUAGUAGCGUCAUCCUCCUCUUUUGUAUGACGUUUGCUCCCUCUCUGCUCACUUCCAAC